UCCGGGAGCUCAGGUGGUCCCUGUGUCCUAGGCCUAUCAUGCUUCCGUCAACAUCCAGAGUCUGCCAAGGAGGAGCUGAGUGGAGUCACCUGCUCCCAGUGCAUGACCCGGGGAGUGCCUGAGCCUUCCAGUUCCUGGGAACACAAUGGCAUGACCUUGGGUACCGCUGACCAGAGUGGGAUCCCCACAGCUGCCACAGGAGCCAGAGAUCCUGUCUGGAGCUCAGAACCCAAGGGUGCAGUGCUGGAAUGCAUCGCCACAGGCCACCCACAGCCACUGGUCUGGAGCUACCUGGGUGGCUGCUCCAUCAGCGUAGGGGGCAUCCAAGUCCUGGGCCCUGGGAACCUCAUGAUCUCCGAAGUGUUGGUCCAGCACUCAAGAGUCUACGUCUGCGCAGUCAGUCAAUCAGCUCGGAACUCAGAUCCGACGAUAGCACAGGGCAUCCUGUUUGUGCAGGGUGAACCCCAAGGGCCAGCUAGGGAGUGUCCUGGGUCACCUCACCCUCCACGGGAACCUGGAUGAGGAGAGGAGCGGGAGGAGGGUGAGAGGCCAGAUCUCAUGGCACCUCCCACAUGCCAUCACCUGCCUGGCUCCC